UCCAAUAAUCAAUCUUUUACCACCCAUCGAUUAGUAAGAAAUAUUUUCAAGCCAAUGUAAUUGUCGUGAAAGGUGAUAUGAAAUUUAAAUUGGAAGCUAUGGUUCAUUUUGCCUAACCUUGGAUCACAGAAUUACUGCUUCAAGGGCUCAUGUCAUACAACAUAACUUCAAUAACCUCACAAGCAAAAUGUUAUUGGAGCAGUUAAUACACUCUUGGGUUCUGCCUUUAUGUUCUUGGAUAGCUGAAUGUUGUGUUUAUUGUAAAUGUGAUAAGCAGAGUUCCUCGCAAGAUAAUGAAAAUAUGAACAUCACAUCAUACUCCAAUAUAGGGAAUGCUACAUCGGAUUCUAACGACGAUAACACCACGUCAAACUCAAAUAUAAGGAAUGCUACAUCUGAUUCUAAUGACGAUAACACCACAUCAAAUUCCAAUGAUGCAAAUGCAUCAUCAAUUUUUAAAAAAUUUAAAUUUUUUUUCGGCUCAUCUGUUGUACCAACUAGUUGUUUACUCAUCUUUGCCGUCUUAAUCACUGUGAUUUGUGGACAAAUUGUUUAUUUCGAUCAGCUUACAACCGAGCGAUGUGUGGGUGCUGAACGCCUUUUAACCAAUUAUUCAGCAACAACUUCUGUUCUUCUAGCACGAUUAACAGGAGAAUCAUGCGAAUUCAUCUUUCUUACUUUAUGGUACCCUCUCACUAUGGUGUUGCUGUUGGGACGGGAAAAAGCUCACAUAAACAAUCUUAUUAUUUGUGUUAUCACGAGUCUUUUUGGUGUGCUUUACAAGAUAUGCUUGUACAAAAUCUUUGAUGGUUAUAUUACUGAAUGGUGGAAAAGAUUAAUUACAGCUGGUAUAGUGCUAAUUGGCAUUAUCAUUAGUUGUCUUUGUAAUACAUCAUAUAAGGCAUCGUCGAAAGUUAAAAAAAUUUGGAAUCUUCGGAAAAAUAUGUUGUUAACAAUUGGACUGAUUUUUUGUUCUGCUACACUGUUCGCUUUUGUUUAUGGAGAACUUUUUGUCCCCUGGUUUAAUAAUCAGUCAAGUAACUUUUUAAAAAUCUUGGUUGCUGCUAUGGUUCCUUUAAUAGCAACUAUUCCAGUGGCCAUAAGUAAAUACAUAGUGCUUGUUCCUCUUAAAAAUAUCAUCGACGUUAAUCCUUCACGAUCAUAUAUUUUGGUGUAUUUUAAUCACGUGGUACCCAUUGCUCUUUAUCGUGUCAUGCAAUCUGAAAUAAAAAAUUUUGGGUUCUUUGUACUGUUUUCUUUUUUACAAGGACUUAUCGAUAUUUUUACAAAGCUGACACGCAAAUAUCGCAGCUAUUUGUUCAAAAGGUUUUUAAAAUGUUGGAAGAUAACACCCGUACCAUAUUGUGAAAAACAUAACAGACGAUUAGAAGCUGACAUCUACAUUCAAGAAGUACUAUUUCAAUUUGAAAUGCUGAUCCUUGCUCAGUUAUAUACGAUCGUUUAUAGCAUGGACACGUUCCAGUCAUAUUCUUUUGAUAGAUCAAGUUUGCUUCAAUUAUUUGUUGGUCUUUUAAUGGAGUUCAUAUUUGCUUGUCUUUCAACAAGAAUUCUGAUUUGCCAAGAAGAAAUCAGUAUCAAGCACAUUUUGAAAAGACACUGGAUUCGCCAUGUGCUUGCAAAUGGUUUGAUAAUGAUGACAACAGUUUUUUACUUCUCUCCCAUCAUCAUUAACAUAUAUAAAUUUCGUUUUGCAACAGCCGAAGACUUGAAAUAUUUGCGACAUUGCACUUAACAGUUCAUACAAAACGAUAUUCUAAACACGUCAACAUUUUUACUAAAUAAAUUUCACUAACAUUUCACUAAUUGAUAUAUUUAAACUGCACAAACAAUAAUUAUUAUCCAUAAAACUUUCGAUCACUGGAAAGCACUAAUGGACAUUUUUAUCCGUUUGAAGACGAGUAUAAUUUAAUUUUGUGGAAAACAUUUUUGAAGAAAAACUACCUGAAAUCAGUAGUACCACAUCGUAAGCAUAACAAUAGAUUAAAGCUGAUAUUCACAUGCACGAAGUCCUUGUUUUUUUGAGGCAAAUAUAUUCUUUGUUAAUUGUAUUUCAUCCUUUAUCGUGUAGACGCAAUUAACGGGGAUUUUGAAAAGAGUUUGAAUUUUUUACAAUAGAUGUUCUCGAGCCACUUCUGGUCUUUGUUUUUUCUUUGUCUCAUCAGACAUUCAGAUUAAACAACCAAAAUUUAAAAAUAGUCCAGACAAACAUUGGGAGCGUCAUGUGUUAACAGAUUCCUUUGAUUUUGAUCACCCUAAUUAUAUUUCUCUCCUUUCAUCCUCACCAAAAUUGAGUCAUAUUUUUGUAAAUAAAUUGCACAUUUCACCUAACUGAAUCUGUAUGUAUAGAAAUUGAUCUUUUAUGCUUUAACACACCAGUGACAUAUUCUUCCCUCAUUCUAAGCAUUUCUUCAUAUAAGUAUUUAGAUAUAGAUAAUACGAACGCAUCCAUCAGCAUAUUAGAAAUUCUCAUGCACUUUCUUGCACUGUAAAGUUUAAAUUCAAAAACAAUAAAUGGGAUUUCAUGUCAGUAAAAA